CCGGCUUCCAUUUCUGAACUGAGGGGAAGCUGCCGCUCUCGCGUAGAGUCCUCGCCUUUUUUAUAUACUCAUUUAAGUAAAUAAACUAGGUUAUCUGUCGUAAAUUAGGACCAUUGCUUAAAGGUAGUGAGUAAAACAGCAGUUCUUGUUCAUCGUGGUGUGCUGUUUGAGUAGUGACUUUAAGUGUAGCUAGCAUUUUAUUCCCCAUUUUAACUUUACUAAAGCGGCGUUUUCCGCCGUUUUUUUUUCUUUUCACCGCCCCGCUCACUCUACCCCCUUGUGCGUGAGUAGGGGCCUGCAACGUUGGUUUGGCCACGAGGCGCGUCGGUACAGUUGGAACAGGGCGAUGGCGGAGUUCGGUAACGGACUAGCGGAGGAAUCCCUACUAGAUUCAGACCCCGGACAUCCCGAGCUGGAAGACCCGGGUGUCGGAGACGAAGAACCGGGGUUAGAAGAGGGAGAGGCCGCAAUUGAAGACCCGGAGCUGGAGGCAAUCAAAGCCAGAGUGAGAGAGAUGGAGGAAGAGGCAGAGAAGCUGAAGGAGCUCCAGAACGAGGUGGAGAAACAGAUGAAUCUCAGCCCCCCACCAGUCGGCCCUGUCAUCAUGUCCAUCGAGGAAAAGAUGGAAGCAGAUGGCAGAUCUAUUUAUGUCGGAAACGUGGACUAUGGUGCCACGGCAGAAGAGCUGGAGGCUCACUUUCAUGGCUGCGGUUCAGUAAACAGAGUCACCAUCCUAUGUGACAAAUACACAGGGCAUCCCAAAGGGUUUGCUUAUAUUGAGUUUGCAGACAAAGAGUCUGUAAGGACAGCCAUGGCUUUGGACGAGUCCCUUUUCAGAGGAAGGCAGAUAAAGGUUGGCGCUAAGAGAACAAACAGACCAGGCAUCAGCACCACAGACCGCGGCUUUCCACGGGCUCGGUUCCGGUCACGGGGAGGAAGCUUCUCAUCACGUGCACGCUACUACAGCGGCUACACACCACCCAGAGGCAGAGGACGGGCCUUCAGGUUUCAGGACCAGUGGAGGCUGACGACCCCUCCCCAGGUGGCGCAGGCCCCCCCCACUGUCUCCGCAGCGUCUCUCUCUCUCUCUGCUCCUGCUAUGCACACUCACCCCAUCCUGUCCGUGUGGGGGGGCGGGGGAGGGGGGCAGGGUGACCACAGGCCCGCCGCGGGGGGCAUUUACUACAACAGCAAACGCUGACGAUGCUUUUAGUCCCUUUUCACACACUUGCGCUCUCUCACACACAAACACACACACCUGUUCAACAUACACCACAGCACACUGCAAUACACACAGCAUCUACCAGGCAGCCAAUCCAACACAUGAUUUAUAUACAGAUAUACUGAGUGGCAGGCAAAUUUGCGUGCGAGUGAGGAAGGCAGGACCAGAGGCAAGGGUAUUUUUUGGGGGUGUACAGUGCGGACCUUAAGGCACUCCCUUUCUCUGACGCGCAGUGCAGUCACGGCUUGUCUGAGGAAAGCUGACGAACUAACGGCUUUGAUUAUUAAUUUAAUAAAUGGAGUGGGCGGAACUGUUAUUUUAGGGUGGGGAAAGUUGGGUGGGGUUUGUGUGGAGACUUUUUUUUUUUUUGAAAGGGGGGAAUGGGUUUGAACAAAUGUUUUGCUUUUAUUUUUAUUUUUAACCCAUGAGUCUGUAAUUAGGAAAAAAAAAAUAAAAAAAAAUAAAGACAUUGUGUAAAAAUGA